UCAUUGCGGUUUGGCUUCUAAGGCAACUUGCACUCUCCCAACAACUUAGGCCUCACAUCGAGAUAUGGGGUGUGAGAGACAUGAUUUUGUCUGGAACAUGAUUAGAAUAUGUCACCGAUAAUGGUUUCAUCGAUGACCCAGGCCCGUCCCAGCCACCCAACCGAGGCCUGUAAUAAAGGAAGUGCUGUUGAGGAGGACGAUGUGGAGGAGGUGGAAUGUAGGGUGUUCAUGUGUGGGCAGUCGCUGUCGAAGAGGUUGCUGUCGAAGAGGUUGCUGUCGAAGAGGUUGCUGUCGAAGAGGUUGCUGUCGAAGAGGUUGCUGUCGAAGAGGUUGCUGUCGAAGAGGUUGCUGUCGACAAAGUGGCUGUGAGGUUGCUGUCACGGAAGAUGCUGUCGUAAAUAGUCGUUCUCGAUGAUUGUAAAAGCUAGUUGUAUAUGUCCCAGGCCCAUCCCAGCCACCCAACCGAGGCCUGCGUUGAGAGAUACGUUGGCGACAAGA